AUGGCGCCCGCGGCCCUCAUCGACGACCACAGCCCCACCCCGGACGGCUCGGAGAGGCCCCGCAUCCUGGUGCCGGAGAAGGUGUCGCCCGACGGCCUGGCCAUGCUGACGGAGCACUACGACGUCGACAGCCGGCCGGGCCUCUCGGCCGAGGAGCUCCUGCGCGCCAUCCCGUCCUACCAGGGCCUCAUCGUGCGCUCCGAGACCAAGGUCACGGCCGCCGUGCUGGCGGCCGCGCGCAAGCUGCGCGUCGUGGCCCGCGCGGGCGUCGGCGUCGACAACAUCGACGUCGACGCCGCGACGCGGCAGGGCAUCAUCGUCGUCAACUCGCCGGCGGGCAACAUCCUCGCCGCGGCCGAGCACACGGUCGCCCUGCUGCUGGCCGCGGCGCGCAACGUCGGGCGCGCCGACGCCACCCUCAAGCAGGGCGGGUGGGAGCGCAGCCGGCUCGUCGGCGUCGAGGUCGGGCGCAAGACGCUCGGCAUCAUCGGCCUGGGCAAGGUGGGCAUCAAGGUCGCGCGCAUGGCCGUCGGGCUGGGCAUGCAGGUCGUCGGCCUCGACCCCUACGCCAGCCCGGACAUCGCCAAGCAGGCCGGCGUCGCGCGCCUCGCGGCCAGCCUCGAGGAGCUCCUGCCGCAGGUCGACUUCCUGACCGUCCACACGCCGCUGCUGGCCAGCACGCUCAACCUGCUCGGCGAGGAGCAGUUCCGGGCCAUGCGCCCGACGGCGCGGGUGCUCAACGUGGCCCGCGGCGGCGUGUACAACGAGGACGCGCUGGUGCGCGCCCUCGACGAGGGGUGGAUCGCGGGCGCGGGCAUCGACGUCUUCACGAGCGAGCCGCCGGCCCCCGGAUCGAGCGCCGAGCGCGUGGCCUCGCACCCCAAGGUCGUCUCGACGCCGCACCUGGGCGCCUCGACCGUCGAGGCGCAGGAGAACGUCUCGCUCGACGUCUGCGCCCAGGUGCGCGAGAUCCUGCGCGGCGGGCUGCCCACGGCGGCCGUCAACGCGCCCCUCAUCCUGCCCGAGGAGUACCGCAAGCUGCAGCCCUUCGUGCGGCUGGUCGAGCGCAUGGGCGGGCUGUACACGCAGCACUUUGUCGGCGCCAAGGGCGGCAUGGUCGGCGGCCGCCGCUUCGAGCUCGUCUACCACGGCGAGCUGGCGGGCGUGUCCAAUACGCGGCCGCUGUUCGCGGCGCUGAUCAAGGGCCUCGUGUCGAGCAUCUCGGACGGCGGCGGGCGCGACGUCAACAUCGUCAACGCCACGCUCAUCGCCCGGGACAAGGGCAUCGCCGUCAGCGAGACGCACGCGCGCGACGAGUCGGAGGGCUUCGGGUCGCGCGCCUACGCGAGCAGCGUCACGCUGCGGGUCGUGGGCAGCGGCGGGGAGCAGCAGGUCAUCGAGGGCUACGUGAGCGGCCAGAACGUCUACAUCUCCAAGCUCGACCGCUUCACGGCCAACUUCACGCCCGAGGGCACCAUGGUCAUCCUGCACAACUACGACGAGCCGGGCAAGAUCGGCAACGUGGGCAUGGUGCUGGGGCGGCACGCGAUCAACAUCACGUUUAUGCAGGUGGCGAGCCUGGAUGUUAACGGCCACGGCCAUGGCGGACAGCAGCAGCAGCAGCAGCAGGAUGUGGUAAUGAGAGAUGGCAGCAACGAGGCGCUCAUGAUCUUGGGCGUGGAUGGGCAGGUCACCAAGGAGGUGCUGGAGGAUCUGGGCAAGUCGGAGGGUAUUCUCGACGUGAGUCUUGUGAGGCUCUAA